AGGGCACGCUUAUAGAAAACCGAAACAAGGCCCAAAAGGAGGUAGAAAAGCUCGCUUCAAUCUGGCAACCCCAGGACUCGGGCUGGACUGCAGACAAAAGUUGAGGGAGUUUUUGGGAAACAGAUGAGAGGAGACUGAAGCCACAUCGGACACAAAAGGACUUGCUGGACAUAAACCACAAUGCUGGCUCCCUGGUCUCUCCAGUGCCACCUGCCAGUGUUAGCAUGCAUAUGGAGCCUCUGCCAAGCGCAAUACGAGUACCUGGCUUACCCCCAUGGUUACGCCGAGCCCGAACAGGAUCACUACACCCUUCCGCAGAUUCCCAGUGAUGUGCCCAGGAUCCAAUUACGCUUAGCCGGAGAGAAACGAAAGCACAACGAGGGACGUGUCGAGGUUUAUUACGAGGGUCAGUGGGGGACCGUUUGCGAUGAUGAUUUCAACCACCACGCCGCUCAGGUGGUGUGCAGAGAGCUCGGGUACUCCAAGGCCAUCUCCUGGUCGCCUUCCGCCAAAUACGGGAAAGGAGAAGGCCGCAUCUGGUUUGACAACGUCCACUGCACAGGGAAGGAGAGCACCCUGGCGCAAUGCGAGUCUAACGGCAUCGGUGUGUCUGACUGCAAACACUCAGAAGACGUCGGAGUCGUCUGCAGUGACCAGAGGAUCCCUGGAUUCAGGUUCCUCAAUCCAGUCACCAACAACAUAGACCAUUUGACCAUCCAGGUGGAGGAUGUACGCAUCAAGCCGAUUCUGGCCUCCAACAGGAAGCGAAUCCCUGUAACUGAGGGCUACGUGGAGGUCAAAGACGACGGCAAAUGGAAGCAGAUUUGCGAUAAGGAGUGGAGUCCCAUGAACAGCAGGGUGAUCUGCGGCAUGUUUGGCUUCCCUGCUGAGAAGAAAUACAACACGCGCGUCUACAAGAUGUUUGCGCGCAGGAAGACGCACUCGUACUGGGAUUACUCGGUGAACUGCACAGGAAACGAAGCCCACCUCUCGAGCUGUAACCUGGGACAUUCGCUUUCGUCCAACAACACAUGUACUAAGGGCAUCCCCGUGGUGGUGAGCUGCGUGCCAGGCAGAGCCUUCGCUCCAACCCCCUUAUCUGGCUACAGGAAAGCUUUCAGACAUGAGCAGCCAUUGGUGCGUCUGAAAGGAGGCGCGGUGGUUGGUGAAGGUCGGGUGGAGGUGCUGAAAAAUGGCGAGUGGGGCACCAUUUGUGACGAUCACUGGAACCUUGUGGCUGCCACCGUGGUGUGUCGAGAGCUCGGCUUUGGAACCGCCAAGGAAGCGUUGUCUGGAGGUCAACUGGGUCAAGGAAUGGGCCCGGUCCACAUGAAUGAGGUUCAGUGCUCCGGGUUUGAGAAAUCUGUCACCGAAUGUGUCUUUAACAUGGAUAAAGACUCAGAGGGAUGCAGCCAUGAGGAGGAUGCUGGAGUCCGCUGCAACGUUCCUGCUAUGGGCUUCCAGCAGCGUCUGCGUCUGAGCGGAGGCCGUAACCCAUUCGAAGGCCGUGUGGAGGUGCUGAUGGAGCGAAACGGCUCUCUGGUGUGGGGAACGGUGUGUGGAGACGGCUGGAGCACCAUGGAGGCCAUGGUAGUGUGCAGGCAACUCGGCCUCGGCUUUGCCAGCCACGCCUUCCAGGAGACGUGGCACUGGCCCGGGGUGGUGAGUGCUGACGGUCUAGUGAUGAGCGGUGUGCGCUGUGCCGGUACUGAGAUGUCUCUGUCUCACUGUCUGCAUCACGGAGAGCACGUGAACUGCCCCAGAGGAGGAGCGCGAUACGCCGCCGGGGUUUCCUGCUCUGAGACCGCGUCAGACCUGGUGCUGAACCCGGCGGUGGUGGAGCAGACCACGUACAUAGAGGACCGGCCCAUGUUCAUGCUGCAGUGUGCGUAUGAGGAGAACUGCCUGGCCUCCACGUCCAGCUCGACUCCGGCCAACUCAUACCGACGCCUGCUGCGCUUCUCCUCCCAGAUCCACAACAACGGCCAGGCCGACUUCAAGCCCAAAGCCAGCAGAGAAACCUGGGUCUGGCACGACUGUCACAGACAUUACCACAGCAUGGAGGUCUUCACUUAUUAUGAUCUGCUCAGCUUAAACGGCUCAAAAGUAGCAGAAGGACACAAAGCCAGCUUCUGUCUCGAGGACUCGGAGUGUGAUGAAGGCAUUGAAAAGAAAUACGAAUGUGCCAACUUUGGUGAGCAGGGCAUCACCGUGGGGUGCUGGGACACUUACAGACAUGAUAUCGACUGCCAGUGGGUGGACAUCACCGACGUCAAGCCUGGGGAUUAUAUAUUCCAGAUUGUCAUUAACCCCAACUACGAGGUGCCCGAGUCUGAUUACACCAACAACAUUGUGAAAUGCAAGACUCGUUAUGACGGCCACCGCAUAUGGAUGUACAACUGCCAUAUAGGUGGAUCAGUGAGCGGUGAAGCAGACAUACUGUUUCCUGGCCUUUUGAGCAACCAGGUGACCCUCAGGUAAAAGGUGGACAGGUCUAAAUGAGACAACGGAGACACAGAGAGCUCGGACCACUAUAUUUCCUUCCCUGAAUGUUUGGUGCUAAAUACAUGCACCACUCUGUUGGGAUGAAAUACCCUCCAACGCCCCCCAAAAAAAAUCACCCUAUAUGAGAAAACACACUAAAAACUGUAGGACUUGUAAUGAUAGUUAUAUCAUGAUAAUGACUAACCUUUUUUUCACUGUAUACAGUAUUGUCACCAUAGUCUCUGUCUAUAUUUCAAUUAGUAGAAAAUGCCUAGUGCAUUCAUCAGUUGUCAAUCGGUUUGUCAGUCAUCCUUCAUGUUUGGCCUCGACCACUAUCCUUAUGCUUGGGACAGAAUUUUUUUCUCAGUAUUGUGGUACAGUUUGAUCGACUGAUUAUCGGUACAUGUCUAGCAAAGCAAAACUCCAACAACUACUGGCACAGGACAUCCAGAAAAGAAACACAACACCAAUUUCAUAAUUAAUCACAAGUUGUUUCAAAGUGACUUGAGGUAAGGACAACCCAAACAUAAUGAAUUUGCCUCUACUGGCCUCUGGUGUUGGUGAUUCAGCUGAUUUUUAAGGAAAUUCUGAUGCACUUUUUUUUUUAGCCUUAAUGGACUUGUGCACAAACACAAACACAAAGGACUCCUGAAGAUCAAAAGGAGCCAGAUUUGGGAAUUGUAUUUGCAAAAAAGUUUGCUACCUUAAUAUUGUUUCAGUAUCGUUCAGUAUUUUAUGAUCAUAUGUCGUAUAACUGCAGUUCUCUGGAGAAAUAAAACAGAAACCUUUACUAGCAUUGGUGACAACCAUGACAUUGCAUUUCCAGAGUGCUCAGUGCUAAGAACCUUUGUGAUAUCGAAUAGGAAUCAUGGGCACUUGGACAAUCUCGGGAGUUUUACUUACCCAAAUAUCAGGGCAGAAGAUAAUUACAACUGGUAAUAUAGAACAACCAAUAAAUGCUCUAAUAAUACUAAAAAAAUAAAUAAAUACACAAUCUUGAUAUUUAAUGUUUGUACAUUUUCUAAAUUCAAAGAAAUUUUGAGUUUUUUAUGAUGUAAAAGCAGCAGAUUAGCAACUUGACUUAUGCUAGUUGUGUGGUGUGCUAGCUUAACAUUAGGUAGCCUGUUAACAUUGUUAGCUGUUAGCUUAACAUUAGGUAGCUAGCAGAUAAGUAUACCUGUGUAUAUUAGUGCAUUUAACAACUAGUGCUCUAACUAGUAUACUAGUUAGUAAUCUAAAAUAAGGAGUUAGGUCAAUUUUAGCAACUACUGAGGACACACUCUGGCUAGCUACAUAGCUAGCUAAGUAACAACAGCUAGCUAGCUAGCUAUUUAUGAGCUUAUCUGUUAAAUGCAGUGAGUAUUAGAGGCUCAAAAACAAACCAUUGCAGGUACCACCUGAGAGAAGGUAAGUAAAACUCCCUUGAGCUUUUUCAAUGAACAUCUAUAAAAAAAAUAAAAAAUAAAAAAAAAAACAUUUGGGAAUAUAGUCUAACAUUUUGCCCCAUUAAUUUUCUUUACUUUUA